GUUCGUUCAUUCCACAUGGACUGUACGGCUCAUUGACAGGUCUCUGUCUCAGGGAAGGCCUACAUGUACCUACCUACUACACACACCAACUUCGUUUCUGCUGCUUUGGGGAGUCGUGCCCUCGUGCACAUGCACAAGGACACAAGGAAAGAGACCUCUUCUCGCGACGCUGAACCACCCCAUCAGACGGAGAAGGCAUCAUUAUGGCGUCUCGCGGGCUCACUGGCAGCGGCACCGGGUGAUAGUGGCGAUAGAGUUGGCCGCCGGGCUGGCUGAAGGGUGUUAACGUGACAGGGCUGACCCCGGGAUGGAUCGACGCGAGAGCAGGGGCAGAGGGGACGGCCGUGAAUGGCGUGAAUGGCGUGAGAGAGGGGGCCGGUAUAAUUCGCGGCAGAGAUGGGUCAUAAGACAGGCGCCUCUGUGCGACAUGGACCGGGCGCACUUGCUGGUGCAGCGAGCCGACUGAUUUGCUGCGAGUGGGCAUCUGCGGCGCCUUCUUGGCAGGAGGGGGGAUCAGCCGACCAAGCCCGUUGGGGAGGCCUCUCUCGAAUGUGAUGUACUCGAACUCCCCUGAGUGGAGCCGGUCCGCAAUCUUGGGAGACGACGGCCUGCCCUCCUUGGCUGCCGGGGGGCUGAUCGGCGAUUCAGCUGUCUCGCCGGCAGGCUGCGCCUCACCGAUAUCUUCUUCGGGCCCCUUCCCUUCGUCCGCUUUUUCUUCUCCCCCUUGCUUCUGCCUCUCCUCUGCCUCCUCAAAGCUCACGAAGCGGCUGGUUGGUUCCUCGGGCGCCUCGACCCGCUCCUCUCCUUCUGCUUGCUUCGUCUCCUCGGGUUCCUCCUCUGACUCCUCGUCAAAAUCCUCGGCCUCGCCUGUAGAAGAGACAGACAGGGAGCCUACGUGGGUUCAUGUAUGUGUGAAUGCGACAGCAUGGCGCGUACCCUCUAUGAACGGAUGGAAGCUCAUCCACCCCAUCGGCGAGGCGGCAUAUGAGAUCGGGCUGGACUCUGCAGAAUGGCUCUCUCUUUCUCGCCUCACAUGGAAUGACGUCUUCCGCAUGCUCGCAAAAGAUUGAAAUUUGAGCGCACCAAACAUCUGGAGGGAGAACAUGGGAGACACCAAGUGGAUGUUUCGGGUCUACUGAUUCUCUCCUCACCUCAUUGAGGCGGCCCUCAUACUCCACACCCUUCCUCAGUGACAUCUCAAGCGCCUUGCGCGCCUUCUCGAAACUCUGUCAAAACGCACACACAAGCCUAUCAUAGCUGGCGCCUCUACUGUUCUUGUACCUCCAUGAGAGUCGCUCUCUCUUGCUUGAGCCUUUCAACGCGCUGCAGCAGAAUCGCCUCGUUCUCCCGAUGCUUGGCCAGCUCCUUGUUUUGUCGUUCAUUCCGCUCCUGGUAGGAAUGCACGUCCUCCUCAAGUUUGGCAAUCUGACUGACGAGGUCAGGCUCCGACGGGCCCGCAGGGGGCGAGGGAAGAGGUUUGGCCGCCGCAGGGUGCUCCCCUCUUUCCUUCCCCAGCUCCCCAGCAGCAGCAGCAGCAGCAGCAGCAGCAGGACGUUUGCCCUUGGCCACCAGAGAUAGCCGGCGGCUCGGAUCCGAGUACUUGGACUCCGUAGACUCAUCUCAAUUCCUUGGGAUCUUCCGGCUGUGCCUCUGGCGGGGCUUUGACCCUCCUCCCUUGAGCUGGACCAGGACUCCGUUUUGCACUGCCAGAAGGCGCUGAGACCUUGACGAUGGAGAACCUGCUCUUGGCGACGGCCUUGCUCCUCCCCUUCUUGGUGCCCUCUGCAGCCUGAGGCUCAGGGAGGAGGGGACGAGGCUGUGACGGGGCGUCUUCUUCCUGCACGGGACAAAGUCGGGAAGGCACUGGAUGUCUCUUGCAACACAAUUGUCGUGGUGUGCGGUCACCUGUUUGCUCAUUGCAGCUCCUUCGCCGUGGUGCAAG